AUGAUAUCCUACGUGCUGGGCAAUUACCCAAAAUCCACCCUAAUCCUGGUGCUGCUAUUUUUGGCGCCACUUUUAUCCUACUUCUUGAUCUACCCGCUGGAAAUCGAGUGUGACGUGCGACGUGGAUUUGCCAACAAAAAUGGGCGGGCUGUGAAGGAGUUGGCGGUGAGAUCAAAGGGGAAUUUUGGGCGGGAAAAUUUUGAAAUUCAAAUUUUUCGCGCAAAAAAUCAGGAAUUUUGAAUUUCAAACUUUUGAAUUCAAAAUUCAAAUGUUCCCGCCAAAAUAAUCGAACUUUUAAAUUCAAAAUUUUUGGCGGGAACAUUUGAAAUUUAAAUUUUGGCGCCAACAGUUCAAAAUGUUUGAAAUUCGGAUUUUUGGCGCGAAUUUUUUGAAUUCAAAUUUUCGAGCCAAAAAGCUGAAAUUUCGGCUCUAAAAAUUGAACUGUGAAUUUUUGGAGCGAAAAUUUUGAAAUUCAAAUUUUCGCGCCAAAAAUCCCGAAUUCAAAUUUUCUUUCAGAGAUUCUCCAACUUCUACAAUAUCAGCGUGGGUGGUCUAGAAAUCUGGGGAGUUUUGGUGCGAAACAAAACCCCCGAUUCAAAUCUCGAAAUUUCGCGCCAAGUUUUGGAUGAAGUAGAUCGACUUCACAAAUUUGUAUGGAACUAUGAGACGGAUUUCAAGGGACAUACAGUAAGAUUUGAGGAUGUGGCGGGGACGGAUAUUAAUUAUAUUUUUAAUUAUUAUAGGGUAAGUUAGCCUAACUUAUUUUUGGAACCCUGAAAAUCCUUUUUUUCAGAAACUUUUGGAUUUCGAAUGGUUAUCUGAAGUUAACCUAACUUGGCCGAUUGCCAACGCUUUUGGAAAUGAAUUUUAUUUGGGAAGCCAGUUUUUUGGUGUUAAUGAGGGAUUGGAAGUUGAGGUAAGUUGUGGAAUGCUGAAAAUCGCUGAAAACUAAAGUUCCCAGCAUUUUCAGCACAAAAUUCUGAUCUAGAAAAGUUUUGGGAGCAUUAUUCAGCACUAAAAUUGAUUCUAGACUGAAAUUUCGUGCUGUAAACGCUGGAACUACUGAAAAUCGCGAGAAACCGUGAUUUCCAGCAUUUUCAGCACAAAAUUCUGAUCUAGAAAACAUUUUGGGACCUCGGAAAGUCUUAUGGAAACGUUCAGAACCAUUAUUCAGCACUAAAAUUGAUUCUAGACUGAAAUUUCGUGCUGGAAACGCUGGAAACGCUGGAAAUCGCUGAAAACAGAUAUUUCCAGCAUUUCCAGCACGAAAUUCUGACUUAGAAACGUCGAAAAAACUUCCAAAUUCAACAAAAACCAUAUUUAGAUUCAAAAGAUCACAAAUUCUUCCCCCACUCCCAAAUUUCCAGCCGCCCACCCCAAUGCGCACCGCCAAAUUCAUCGCUCUCUGGUACAUGAGCAAAGCUGAAACCUUCGAACGCAAACAACAUCUUCAACAAAUCCAACUCGGCAUUUUCGAAGCCUCCGAUUCGAACUUCAGCCAACUCUUCGAUUUCGAAAUGUUCGGAGAUCAAGUUGCCAACGCCGAAAUGCUACGUGGCACUCUAAUCACCGUCAAAUUAUUUAUAAUCGGUGGAUUGCUCAUGAUAACAUUCAUGGCGCUCACUUUCCACAAUUUGACAAAUCUUUCUAAACUUCUACUAAUCUUGGGAGCUAUCGGAAGUCCCCUGGCUGCUACAGGAGCCACCUUCGCACUUCUAGGCUGGCUAGACCAUCCAUUUAAUUCUAUAAUGUGUAUCACACCUUUCCUGAUCUUGGGAAUCGGCGUCGACGACGCAUUUCUCCUUCUAAAUUGCUGGCGUAAAUACAAAACCCUACAGAACCGCGAGCAUCGAUUGGCUCGAGUUGUCCAAGAGAUCAGUCCCAGUAUGGCGAUCACAAGUUUGACGAAUACCAUGGCUUUUGGUGUCGGAUACCUUUCACCAACUCCUCAGAUGUCUAGCUUCUGCUUGGCUACUAGUUUGGCUAUCGUUUUCGAUUUCCUGUUCGAAUUUCUGAUCUUUGUACCAACUAUGGUCAUGUUCUAUGAUUCUAAGGAAGAGAAGGGGGAUUUAGAAGUUCAGGAGAAGACUCCUGAAUCUAGAGUCACUUGGAAGUCCUAUACAUCGGCCCUUCUGAGCCCUCUAGGAGUCUUCCUAUCGGUCUCGCUCUAUCUAGUUACGCUAAGUGUAACGUACUAUGGAGUAAGUACCAUUGAGACAACAUUCGAUCCCUCAAAAACCUUCCCAUCGGACUCAAAACUCGUCAAAUCUCUCGAGUCCUUCAACUACAUUCAACAAGAAUACACCCCGUUAAAUUUCCUAUCCAAAGUUCCCAACCUUCAAAACCCCGCCGACACCGAGAAUUUCGAAACGAUGCUCCACGAACUUGAGACGAGGCCCGGAUGUUUGGGCGCGAAGACGAGUCAUAACAUCUAUCGGGAUUAUUUGAUGUUUUGGGAGGGGAAGAGGGCGAACGAGUCGGAAUAUGGGACGAAUGGUUCGUGGGAUUAUUUGGGCGAGUUUUUGAGGACGAGAGAGUUGGCCGAUCGGAAUACGAUUAAGUGGACUGUUGAUGGGUGAGUUAACGAUGCUACGGGUUUACAGGUGGAAAUUGGGCUAGGGAAAACGAUGCUCCACGUUUACAGCGUCAACAUGCAAGAGGUUAAACGAAACUCCGGGCUUACAGAUAAAAAUCAGGCUGAAGCGGACGAAUAUACAGACUAACAUGGCUAAGGCGUACGAUGCUACGGGUUCACAGCUUAAAAUAAGGCUAGGUUAAACGAUGCUCCGGGUUCACAGUUAAAAAUAAGAUUGAAGCGGACGAACAUAGCUAAGACGUACGAUGCUCCGCGUUCACAAAGUAGACUAGGUAGAACAAUUCAAGCUUCAACAUAGAAUAGGUUAAACGAUGCUCCGAGUUUACAGCUUCAACAUAGAAGAGGUUAAACGAAACUCCGGGUUAACAGAAAAGGCUGAAGCGGACGAACAUAGCUAAGACGUACGAUGCUCCGCGUUCACAAAGUAGACUAGGUAGAACAAUUCAAGCUUCAACAUAGAAUAGGUUAAACGAUGCUCCGGGUUUACACCUCAAAGUGUGGGAUAGAAAAACGAACAAAAAUAAAACAACAACACUCCCCAAUUCCAGCAAUGAAACCAAAGUGGAACUCAUCAAUUUCGUGGUUGUAUGCCGUGGAGAACCGAGUUGGGGAACCCGCGCGAUCUCCAUUGAGAACACUCGGAAUAUCAUCGAUCGAUAUCCGCAAUUCGAAACAUCGCUGUUUGAUUACGAUGCUACGAUUUACGAUUUGAUUAUUACGGUUAAAGUGAUUUUGUCACGAACAUCAAAAAAUCAAUAAUCGAUUUUUAUUACAGAGUGAACUGUUCAAAUCGCUAGCUAUUACUUUCACCUGCAUGACUUUGGCCUGCUUUUUCAUUAUGCCCUCAUUUUUGGCGCCAACUAUUGCGUCACUAGCCACCGUAUCCAUCUCAUUUUGUGAGUUUAACAAUUCCCAAAUUUUCAUCGAAAAUUCAAAUUUUAGACUAGAAUUUCAAGUUCCCGGGGUAGAAUUUCAUGAAAAUCACGAUUUUUCACCUCGAAAAUUCAAAAAACCCCACCAUUUUCCCCCAAAAAGGGAAAAAACCCGCGAAAAACAAAAAAAAAAGAAAAAAAAUUUCGAAACUUGUCCGGGAGAACUACACACACAUGUUCGCUGGAGCGACAUUGCAUCUUUACUUUCUUUUUUUCGCAUUUUUUUCAAAAAACUAGAGUUUUGGGCCUAGAUUUUGAUGUGUUAGCCCAACUUUUUUCAAUUUUUCCGAAAUCCCUCCCCAAAAAACUCACCAAUCGCUUCUAUUUCUUGAGAAAUCCGAAAUCCUUCAAGUUUUCCACGUUUUUGACAUUGAAAUCCAAUUGUCCAUCAAUAUUUCGAGCUGAAAAUCAGAAAAUUUGAAUUUUUCCUGUACCAGUGAGUUCUGCUAACUCCAAACCCACUUUUUUUUCGAUUUCCUCGAAUUUUUCCGUUAUAAGCGAUAAUUCCAGCUUUGUACCACAUCUGAAAACUCAAUUUUUGACUGAUUUUUCCCGGAAAGACUAAAACCAGCGAAAAAAAAACAAAAAAUGAAAAUAUUCUCGUGUUGCGCUAAACAACGGGCAAGCCGGAGUGUCGUUGUAAAAGUAAACAAAUACUAAAAUUCAAAUAAUUUUCUAUUUUUUUUGCUUUUUACGAAAAAAAUCGUGACAUAUUUUAGGUCUCCUCGGUUUCCUGUCAAUAUGGGGACAAAAUUUGGACCCUGUCACAAUGAUCGAUGUAAUUAUGGCCAUCGGAUUCAGUGUCGAUUAUUCCGCGCAUGUUUGUUAUCAUUUCUAUUGUGCCCGCCGGAAAUGUCAAAUGCGCCCUGUUGCGAAAAAGGAAGUUAUCGAGCAGGUUUUGACGGAUAUUGGCAGACCGGUUAUUGAGGUUUGUAUUUCCCGGAAAAUUUGGGAUUUUUUGACCAAAAAUAGUCAUGUUUGGGCUCAAAAUGCUCCAAAUUCCAUCAGAUUCCCAUAAAUCACAAUUUCUAGGCUUCAAUCACCACCCUCCUCUGCAUGGCUCCACUUUUCAUGGUGCCCGUCUACAUGAUUCGCUCAUUCGCCAAAACCGUCACCCUCGUCACCACUUUCGGACUUUUGCACGGUCUCAUCUUCUUGCCAGUCGUCCUAUACUUCAUUCCCAGCGAGAAUCGUCGUCCCCGUCAAAACACUUUGACAACGGUUCCUUUGGUUCAGGAAAAACACUGA